CCUCGAUGAAGCGAAGUGGUUUGAGAAAUGGAUUAGAUACUGCAACUUGAACCACGGGUAAACCCCAGAGACCUUUUUUCUCCGCCUUGUUUCUCUGAGCCAUGCGUGAAUGAAAGUUCCCAAACCACCAAAACGUGAAGUGCUCGGCUCACUGUGCGGCAGCUUUUGACCACGAGCCAUUGACACAGGAAUGGAAAUAUCACAGCAAUGCAGUAAACAGCUCAUCGACUAACUCAUCUCGACCGACUGAAGCUAUGAAGUUUUGAUCUAACUUCGUCUACUCUGUGUUCGUCAAACAUGCAAACAAUGGAGCCAAUUACAAAGUGGACGCCAAAGCAAGUUGUCGAGUGGAUGCAAGGCCUAGACGAUAGCCUCCAGCAGUAUGUCCACAACUUUGAGCGGGAGAAAAUCAAUGGAGAGCAGCUGCUGAAGAUCUCUCACCAGGACCUGGAAGAGCUGGGGGUGUCCCGGAUAGGACACCAAGAGCUGGUGCUGGAGGCCGUGGAUCUGCUUUGCGCUCUGAACUAUGGCGUGGAGACGGAUAACCUGAAGAAUCUGGUCGUGCGUAUGAGGGCGGCGUCCAACAACCUCCACAUGGGGACGUCGGAACGGCGCAAAAGUCCCACGUACGACGGCACCAACUCCCGCAAGCCACCCAACGAAUUCCUCACCUCGGUUGUGGAGCUGAUCGGUGCUGCUAAGAGCCUUCUGGCCUGGUUGGACAGGACGCCGCUGACCGGCAUCAGCGACUUCACCGCCACCAAGAACAAGAUCAUUCAGCUUUGCCUGGAACUCACCACCACAGUUCAACAGGACUUCACAGUCUUUGAUAUGGAGGAGAAGAUUCUAGAAGUGUCCAAGGUGCUGAACACCAUCUGUGACCAGACUGUUCGAACGACCUCCGACCCAAUGAUGAGCCAAUCAGCUUGCCUGGAGGAGGUGCAGCUCAACAACAUCAAGCCGGGAGAGGGCCUGGGCAUGUACAUCAAGUCCACCUACGACGGCCUCCACGUCAUCACGGGCACCACGGAACAUUCCCCUGCUGAUAUGACGAGAAAGAUCCACGCAGGUGAUGAGGUGAUCCAAGUCAACCACCAGACAGUGGUUGGCUGGCAACUGAAGAACCUGGUGGGCAAGCUGAGGGAGGAUCCUAAAGGUGUUGUGCUGAUGCUGAAAAAGAGGCCGACGGGCACCUCAGGGUUCACCCCUGCUCCACUCAAGAACAUGCGCUGGAAACCACCAAUGGCUCAAGUGCAGAACAACCAAUCCCCGACCAAAUCCCAGUCUCCUGGCAACACUGCAGAACCCUGCACCAGGAAGGAGAAGCCUGCUAUUCUGGACCUGUAUAUCCCACCUCCUCCAGCAGUUCCCUACACGCCACGCGACAUGAGGAACAGCAGCUAUGCCAGCAUCAGCAAGACGCCCAAGACCGGCUCGGAGUCGCCCAACUCCUUCCUGGACCUGGAGAGCCGGCGACGCUUCACCAUCGCAGAGUAUGCCGAGAAACUCAACGGCUACCCGGUGGAGGCCCACGUCAUCCAGCCGCCACGCAUGCGGGAGCGCACCACCUCGCGCAGUAAACCCCGGCCUCUCUCCAUGCCUGUGGACACCUGCCUCAGUGUGAAUGACAGCUACACUAAGCCCUGGGCACACGGCAAGAAAGGUGAAGACCUCCUGUACAGAUACCUGAGUAACGAGCGAAUCCCCACCAUCGCUGAGGAGAGCCCAGCUGGCAGCGGUCUGACGUACCGCUCAGACGGCGAGCGGACGCCGGUGCGCGGCAUCGACCACAUCCGCAACGGCCGCUACCUGGUCAACAUCGACCUGCACAACAGCGCCACCAUCCCCUACCAGGAGGACUUCUCCAAAAAGGGUCCCGCCAUGUCCUCAACGCCCAAACGACCCCCCGCAGACUCCUCCGCACUGGUGUCAGACUGGAAUCCCAGCCGAGGCUUCAUCGACAGAUACAACCAUCGCUCCUGGUCCUUUUCACAAGCAGCCUCUUUCCCCCUUUCUGUUGCCCCUCCUAUGGCAGCUGAUGAAUACAACCCUGUAUCACUUAGACCCAAAUCAAAGAAGAAAAGUCGAGGCAAUGUCACCAUGAGUCGAAGGAGGGUAUCCGUGAAAGAGCUCGGCCCAGCCGACCACCAAGGCUGGCUAUAUAGGAAGAAGGAAGGAAAGGGCUUCCUGGGGAUAAAGUGGAAGAAGUAUUGGUUUGUGCUGAAGAAGACCUCGCUAUACUGGUACACCAGUGACACGGCCGAAAAAGCUGAGGGCUACAUCCAUUUGAAAGACUUCAUGAUUGACAGAGCAAUCGAGUGCAAGAAAAAAUAUGCCAUCAAAGCCUGCCACCCGCAGGUGAUGAUGUUCUACUUUGCAGCUGAGAGCCUGGAGGACAUGAACAGGUGGCUAAAUAAGCUUGGGCUAGCUUCCAUUCAGUAUGAGUAUGAGCCAGAGCCUACAGAGAGCCAACCAAUAGAGUGCUAUAGUGAAGCGAGUGAUCAUGAAGAGUCGGAGUCCACAGAGGCCCCUCCACCCCCCUACUCAGAACAGAUGGCUCAGGACUCCCUCCUGCAUAUGGAUGGGCGGGCUGACAAUGUACCACAGGGCACUCUCCCUCCUCCCUACUCCUCCCCGCCCCCCAGCGAAGCCACCGGCACCCUGUCGUCCCCCGUCAGCACCAUGACGUCACACAGCUCGGCCUCCUCGCUGGCCAAGCACCGCAAGUCCUGGAUGGACCUGGUGGCCCAUCCCUCCUCGUCCUCGUCCACCUCAGCGCCUGCCAGGGACACGCUGGUCUGUGCUGCCCAGGUCCACGCACAAAGUCUCCCACUGGAGGAACCCUGUGAGCAGCCCGGUGGAGACAAGCCUGCUGGGUCCUCGGAGGAGAUCUCGGUUGGAGGAGGUGUUGAAGAGGCGGAGGUGAUUUUGAGAUCGCAACAGCUGGCGGCAGCAGCACAAAUAAACGGCCUUGAAGACGAGGCGGAUGAGAUGGAAAGGCUCUACAUAGACCUGAAACGAGCUAGUCUUUCACCAACUGGCGAACGCAAGCCGUCGACCAAGAGAGAAUUCAGAGCAUCUUUCAUAAAGCGAUGCAAAAACCAUGCUGUGAAUGAAAAGUUACAUCUGGUCAGAACAUUAAAUAGCACUUUGAAGGCUAAAGAAGCAGAUCUUGUUACACUGGAUCAGGUGCUCUCCGACCCUUCGCUGUCUGCCAGCAAAUUUCGGGAAUGGAAGGAAUCUAACAGUGUGCUGCUCCAAGAGAUCUGUAUGCGUCAUGGCUUGCAGGGGGAAGUCCCAGAACAUCCAGUGGCAGAGACGGGAGCAGCAGCGGCCGCAGCAGCAACAGCUGUGACCAUGGCAGAAGCAAACUUGGCUGGACCUUAUGCAGAGACAAGCAUAUAAAACAGACGGACAGUUCUCUCUAUACCUCCAAGCUGAACGCAGACUGAAGUUACAUUUGUAACUACUACUUCUAUACCACUGUCAAACUACAGGACCCCUGAAAACAAGAGACAUUUGAAAUGUGGCCUUUUUAAAAAUUGCUCUGGACUGUUUUAUGUGUUUCCGCGAGACUGACCUUUGUCUUUGUUACGUGAACCAAUGCCUUAAUGCAGACUUUCUUAACUAAUGCCAAGGGUAUUAAUGCCAAGAACAUUUUAUUCUAAGCCUGUCGCCAUUUUCAUUUCUACAUUUUUCUACUGUAUGUAGCAUAAACAAUGCAAUGAAGUGUCAACAAUGUGUUGUUUUAAAUUAUAAAGUAGCCUUAAAUGAUUUUAGAUUUUACAACAUUAUGUAAGUUGUUUUAUGUAAGUAUGUAUAUAGUUUUGUUAUGAAGUGUACAGGUGUUCACUUGUGUGUGUUUUGUAAAUGCUGAGUGCUUAAUAAAAGUAGUUCACUUUUGAGCAAA